CCGGGUACAAAAGGCGUCUCCGCGGGCGCACUCUCACUUUCACGCUUCCACGCAUUGCACGCGCAGGAUAACAGGGCGCCCACGUUGGACAGCGGCAGUCAUGAUACGGAACGAGGUCUUCUCCUGCUUUCUGUUCUACGCGGUCCUCCUGGUCAUCAAGAUGUACGUCAUAGCGAUAAUCACGGGACAAGUUCGGCUGCGUAAAAAGGCUUUCGCCAACCCCGAGGACGCGCUGAGACACGGAGGCUUACAGUAUCACAGAGAAGAUCCAUACGUGGAGAGAUGCCGCAGGGCUCACGUCAACGACAUGGAGAACAUCCUGCCCUUCCUCUUCCUCGGUGCCAUCUACUCCCUGACCGGACCUUCGCUGGCCGUGGCCCGCCUCCACUUCCUGGUCUUCUUUGUGGGCCGCGUGGUCCACUCGGUGGCCUACCUGCUGGCCCUGCGGGCUCCGACCCGCUCGGUGGCGUACAGCGUGGCUCAGAUACCCUGCGUCUCCAUGGCCCUGCAGAUCCUCGUGGCAGUGGCGGCGUACGCGUGAACAUCCAGAUGUGGAAUCAGGAGGAGGAGGAGGAGGAUACUCGUGAGGCCUCUCUGGAGCAAGAACACAAAAUAUUAGAAUGUCAGCGAGAGUGCAAUAGACUUUUGUCAGUAUUUUUGUUGUUUGUUGGUCAUUUACAAAUGUGACAAUAUGUUAAAGUUCAUUGAAGUCUGCGUCUUGCGCUGUACUGAGAUGUAAAUGAAGGUCGUUGCUCAUUUAGUCUUUUUUCAUUUAUCAGAAGCUCCUCUGAAACACCAUGUUGGCCACAGAUCCAUUAUUGUAUUUACACACAACACCCACCAGCAUUCAUGUGGUGUUAAAUCUUCCACAGCAUCAUCCGUUUCCUGUGUGGACAGUCCUGUUAUGUUAACAUUUAUUAGUUGGGCAUGAAAAUGCACAAAAACAGUCUCAGGUUCCUUUUAAGGAAGAGCGAACAAAUGUUCUGAUAGGUGAUGUUUGACUUUUUAUUAUUACAGACCUGUUUUUCAGUUCAUUGAAACAAUAAUUUAUUACGCAACUUAAUGUAUAAAAGAUUUCUUUGACUCAAUGUGUACAUUUUUGUAGACAAUAAAACAAUGUGCAUUUGAGCACGAGGGG